AUGGCCUGCUACAACCGCUGCCGUCCCUGCGGACCCACCCCGCUGGCCAACAGCUGCAACGAGCCCUGUGCCCUGCAAUGCCAGGAUUCCCGUGUCAUUAUCAACCCUUCCCCUGUGCUGGUCACCCUGCCAGGACCCAUCAUGACCUCCUUCCCCCAGAACACCGCCGUCGGAUCCACCUCCUCGGCUGCCGUGGGCACUGAGCUCAAUGCCCAGGGACAGCCCAUCUCUGGGGGAUUUGGUGGCUUUGGCUACGGCCUUGGCUAUGGCCGUGGGUUUGGCUAUGGGCUGGGCUAUGGCUGUGGAUUUGGCUAUGGCCUGGGAGGCCUGGGCUGCUAUGGCAGAAGGGGCUAUGGCUACAACUGCUAA